AUGUUGAUCAAGAUCACUCCGGCUUUGCUCGCUGCAGCUGUUCUGCUGCCUGGUGCAUGCACCGCUUUCCAGUGCAGCUUUCAGUCUUUGAAGGCCAACAUUGUGGAAGUCAACGCGUUCUCCGCCCAGGAUCUGGCUACCUCCCUGAACCGCAACAUGCAGUCGGAGAACUACUUUGAGUCGGUGGACACGGCCGAGACUGCGAUCACCCUGCGUCACACCGGCGCUGAUUGCCGUCGGGUCGUUGGAGAGGCCAGCAGCCCGGCUUGCAACCGAGACAACAUCCAGCAGCUGCUUGACAACACCUGCGCCGAUGUCACGCACUCGGACCCGGAAUAUGGGCAGAGGGGCACCUCGGUUGCCUUCGCCGCCGCCGAGUCCAAGGAAGACGUUCACUUCCGAGCUCACUUCCACGACCUGCUCCAGAUGUGGAAGAUCCGCGUUCCCGGAACCUGCGCUCACAGAGCGUUCAAGGCACCUCGCGAGGGGAUGAAGGUGCUCACUUUCUCUGCGAACAAGACGCACAAGUGGAGCAAGGUUGUCGUCGAGCUCGACAAGGAAGACCACAACUUCGGACAGUCGUGGCUAUGCGAUUUCGACGACAACCUUGACUCGCAACGCCCCCAGAUUAGCACUGAGGACGGCAAGACCUUCACGGUCGUCAACGUUUCUUUCGACGAUAAGGUCGAGGCUUCGUCUGAGUCGGCCUAG